CGAACACAUUUAGCGGUCACCAAUAUCAAGUAUAUUUUUCUGUAGGACAUUUUCCUGCCAUUUUCCCAAAUAUCUCGCUAUAUCCUUGAUUUUUAUCGAAACAAAAGAUGUCAUCUGGAAGAAUUCAAACCGUCUUGGGAACAAUCUCUCCCAAAGAUGCGGGAAUCACCUUGACCCAUGAACACGUCUGCAUGCAGUUUUAUUGUGCCCUCACACCUGCUCCUCCUCACAUGAAGGACAAAGCCAGUGGUGAUCUUUCGUUCAAGAUGGGCAACCUUGGCUUGAUUCGUCAGUACCCAUACGCCAACCUGGAAAAUCUCAAGUUAUUUGAAGAGAAAGAAGCUGUUCUCAGCGAGAUGAAGUAUUUCAAGGAAAAUGGUGGCGCCACCAUUGUUGAGAAUACUACAAUCGGUAUCGACCGUGACAUGAAGUUUAUGCAGGAGCUCUCAAGGAAAACGGGAGUUAAUAUUGUCUCCGGGACAGGCUAUUACGUUGGAGCUUCACAGCAGGCUAGUGUUGCAUCGAUGACGAUAGAACAGAUGAGCGAAGUGAUGAUGUCUGAUCUGACUCAGGGAGCUGAUGGGACAGAUAUCAAAUGUGGUGUCAUUGGAGAAAUCGGAUGCACCUGGCCUCUUGAAGCCUCGGAGAUCAAAUGUCUACAAGGUGCUGCUGCCAUCCAGGAAGCGAUUGGAUGCCCAGUUAUCAUACAUCCUGGCAGAAACCCCAAAGCACCGUUUGAAAUUUUGAGAAUUGUCCAAGAAGCUGGCGGAGAUGUGUCCAAGACAGUCAUGUCACAUCUAGACCGUUCCAUCCAUGACUACGGGGAGUUGGAAGAAUUUGCAAAGAUGGGAAGUUACUGCGAGUAUGACCUGUUUGGAUUGGAAGCGUCGCAUUACCAGAAAAACUUGGCCAUUGACAUGCCAAGUGAUGCAGAGAGAAUCAAUCGUAUCAAGCAUCUCAUCAAACAGGGGUAUGAAGACAAGAUUGUGAUAGCUCAUGAUAUUCAUACCAAACAUAGGCUGAUGAAAUUCGGCGGCCAUGGGUAUUCGCACAUCCUGGAGAGCAUAGUUCCAAAGAUGCUCGCUAGGGGGUACACACAGCAACAGGUGGACAAGAUACUCAUACAUAACCCUCGCGAGUGGUUAACGUACAACUGCUCCUAGGGAAAUCGUGACAUGGGCAAAGUGCAUCCAGUUAGCCGUUCUCAAAAGUAGCGCUGCAAGCAUUUGAGCGACUCAUCCAGCAGGGAAUUUUUUAAAAGAGGUCUUCACCAAGCUCUUAAAUACUAAUUCUGACCAAAUUUUUUAUAUUCUCCAAUACCAAUGAAGAGAAACUAAAAGAAUUUACAAUUAACCAAUAAUGUUCUAUUGUCUUCGUUUUACAUCUUUUUUAUGAAACAGGUGCUGAUAUGCCUCGAGAUUGUUCAAAAGGUGAAUUUAUGGGACUGCAAGGGCUUGCCCUUGCAGUAGGUGAUGGUGCUUAUAUUUUUAGACUGUAGGAUUGGGGUGUUCUUCAUAAUUAAUUGUAUUUUCAUCGUUUCUUCAUCUUCUUCUCUCUUCAUUUAAAAAUUAGAAAUUGAACUUGAAUUUGAAAAGAGUUUGGAAACCUCGGGGUAACCGCAGUAGUUUGGGUAUUUGUGAUAGCACUGUUGUUGAUUAUAAUUAGUCUAGAAUCGAAAUAGUUUUAAAGAUUUAUACAUUUAUACAUUUAUUGUAUUACAUGUAUUUUGUGAAAUACAAUAGUUUUGUAUUCUUGGAUUCCGAACAUUUAUUAGAGCAGAGGACUUUAUUCAAAUGAUUGAUUCAAAUGCAGCAGUUCUCAUAAUAUUCGAUUACUCAGGUUAUAUUGUUGUGUUGAUUAUAUCCAUGUGACGCAUAAUUAACUACAAAUUUAUUAUAAAAUUAUUGUAGAAUAAAAUUUAUAACUUUAAAA